GUGGAUGGCGAGGAAGUGGCACACGAGGGAUGCCGGGGCAGCCGUGGCUCAGGAGAGUAAAGGACUCGCUCAGGUGGAAUAAGGACUCUUCUUGUCCUAGACCAUGUCCAGCCUCAUCUCAUACACCCACAUUUUGGACAUCUUCUUAACAACAAGACCUCUCAGACCUAUGCCUUCACCAACUAUCUAGAUAUCUCCACCAGGUCCAUCGCCACCUCUCACCACAAUGAAUGGGACUUUCUUCAACCACACUCUCAUGGAGCAAGUUGCCUACAACAACACGACUAGCCAGGACCUUGGCUCCCUUAUGGGAUGUUGCAAUGGAAGCCAGACGGUCAUCACCAACGACGGAGGGUCCCUCAUCCUCAUUCCCGACGAGAGGAGCCUGUUCAUCACCCGGGUGGUGCAGAUAGCUGUCCUGUGUGUCCUCUCCCUCACUGUCCUCUUUGGGAUAUUUUUCCUGGGGUGCAACCUGCUCAUCAAGUCGGAGAGCAUGAUCAACUUCUUAGUGAAGGACAGGAGACCUUCUAAAGAUGUUGGGGCUGUGAUCUUGGGUCUCUACUGAAGAUAUAUGGGCAGAUAACAGAUACCAGCAUGUCAAUAAAAGAACUUCAUUUGGAUUCUGGAAUGCUGCAGAGAACCUUUAAAGACAAUGCGUUGCAUGCAGUUUUAUUUCUAUUUGGGUGGGGGGUGGGUGUGCAUGGGGUGUGCCAAAAUAACCUCCACCAUCUAAAGAACUCAAAUCCUUAAAGCUGCUUUGCCUUGACCCUGGAUGCAUUGCUAGGAGACCUGGAAGUGCCAGCAUCAAUUAGAGGUGCUCCUGGUGUUCUCUAAUGACAUGGGUGGGGGUUCGAUACUUCUGGACAUGGGUGCAGGUUGCAUGUUUUUUCAUUCUGAAUGUUAUUUCAUACCUCAAUGAAACUGCCGGUUUUUUUAUUACAA